UUUUGUGCACGUGAUAACACGUGCGAUUUUUUUUCGACAACAAAGUUAACGACGCAGACAUUUACUCUUAUAUAGUGCAACUCGCCAUGUAGGAACUAACUUGGGACAUUGCGGUAUAAAUGGAGCGAGGAGGUAAGGGGGGGGACACCAUCAACCAGCGAAUCCAGCAGCCAGAGGCGGAAAUGGGCAUCCGAGAGAUGGAGAUCUCGGGCCACAAGCUCAUCAUCCACGAGCGCGACGACUCCAGCGACCCCUCCACCGGCCGCGCCCUCACCGGCUCCUGGCUCUGGGACGCCGCCAUCCACCUCGCCGAGUGGAUGGCCGCCGACGGAGGCCCCCACCUUGCCGGCGCCACCGUCCUCGAGCUCGGCGCCGGGACGGGCCUCCCGGGCCUCCUCGCCGCCGCCAUGGGCGCGGCCCGCGUGGUGCUCACCGACGUCGCCCCGCUCCUCCCGGGCCUCCGAGCCAGCGCGGAGGCCAACGGGUUGGGGAGCCGCGUGGAGGUGCGCGAGCUGCGGUGGGGCUCGGGCGAGCAAGCGGUGGCGGAGGCCGACGUGGUGCUGAUGUCGGACGUGUUCUACGACCCGGAGGAGAUGGGAGGGCUGGCCAGCGCGAUGAGGGCGGCGUGGGGGGAGAGCACGACGGGGUGGGCGGCGAGCGAGGUGAGGCCCGGCGUCGGGGAGUGCUUGGAGGCGCUGAGGCGGGAGGGGUUCGAGGUGGUGGAGGUGGAAGAGAGGGUGCGGCCGUUGUUGCGGGCGGAGGGAGAGACUUCGGUGUUCGCCGUGUAUCGCAUCAGGCGCGCUUAAGCAAACAAAGCAUGGGGAAGCGUUUCCUCCACAUAAAUUCCUCCUCCA